CAAUGGACGAGUUAAUUUUCCGUCGUCUGAUUUAAUUCUAAAAAAAAUUGAAAAAAAUAUUAUUUUACGAUCCAGACCAGCGGAAAAGCAUCCCGAACGCCCGUCACGAUGAUCAACAAAAUAUUUUUAGCCAUAUCAUUAGUUAGUCUACUGCUGUACCUUUACGGAAUUCUCACCUCCGUGAUAAAUGUCGAAGAGAAUUCCUGCAAAAUGACUUACAUGUUCGAGUAUCCCCAAUUUGUCAAAAUAAAUUUCCGCGAGAACGAUGAUUUUCCGAAAUACAACUUGUACGCGUAUUCCGAAGGUCAUUUGACGGAAAAUGCUCGAAAUAUGUACUUCAAUGGGGCUCCCGUGCUAUUCAUUCCGGGCAACGGAGGUUCUUACAAACAAGCUCGUUCCUUGGCUUCUGUUGCUUUGCGAAAAGGUGUCGACAACGAUUGGAUUCAACAUUUGGAUUAUUUCACCGUCGACCUCAACAGCGAGUAUUCGGGCCUUUUUGGGGGCGUUUUGGAAGAACAAACGCAAUUUAUCGUGCAUUGCAUCCGAAAAAUCCUCGAUUUGUACAAAAAAUUGCCAAAUCCGCCAAAAAGUUUGGUCAUCGUUGGACAUUCGAUGGGCGGAAAAAUUGCCCAAUCGCUCGUUACGAGACCCGAAAUUACGGAUAGCAUCAAUACGAUUAUCACACUUGCGGCGCCGAUGGACAAACCUGUUGUUGCUUUCGAUUAUUACACGGAAAAAUUUUACAAAAAUACCGAAAAAUAUUGGUUGCAACAUCGGAGUAACGUGAAAACGGUGACAAAUACGACAAAUAAUUGCAAACCGUACAAAAUGAAGGUUGGAGCGACGAAUGAGACGGAAAUGAGACGAUUGGAUGAAAAGCUGCUCGUUACAAUUGGCGGAGGAAGUCGCGAUUUGUUGGUGCAUCCGGGAUUGACGAGUUCGAAGUUUAGCGAUAUUCACGUGAUGACGACAAAAAUCCCGAAUGUGUGGCUAACGACAGAUCACAAGAGCUCGGUUUGGUGUUUGCAACUCGUGAUGAACAUAAAUCGCUUUUUAUAUAGUAUAAUUGUGCCAUUUACGUCGAAAAAGCAACAUUAUAAGGGGCAAGGAUUUGUGGAAGAUAAGAAUUUUAGACUCAAUAAGGCGAAAUGGUUCUUUGAUCCUCAAAAAGAAAUCACAACCCCAAAAGAAGUUCAACUCGUAACCGACAAAAGCAACAUUGGCGAUUGGGUCGAAGAUUCUCGUCGCGUCUUUUCCGAAUAUUUUGCCAAGGGCAUCGAGCAAAAUCGUUUUCAGAUGAUUCGUCUCAUCGACAACCCUUUGCAUAAAUUUGUCCGUAUCGAAACGAUAAAUCUCGAGACAAGUGACUGGAUUUUCGGUUGUGCAGCGAACGAAAUUGACGGAAUGAAGCGCUAUUGCUCGAAGGGAGUCUCUUUAACGCAAUAUGUGACAACUUUUCCCUCCGUGAAGAACCGAAGGAUGAUUUUUAUGAUGGAUUUGCACAAAUUAAAGAUGAAAAAUCAUCUGUGGACCCAUUUGGUGAUCCGAAUGACGAAGACAAAUGAACCGUUUAAGGUUAUAGUUGAUGUUCAUGACCCCGCAGAUCGAACGUUGACGAUCUCGAUGCCUAAAUGGUACAGCUUUGGCAUGGAAAAGUUGCUGGAUGACACUUUGAUGGGCAGUUCGAUCUAUUAUUUGAAGAUAAAAGGCAUGGAUGAAACUCACGAGACGAUAGAGUUGAAUGUCAAGCCAAAAUCUUGCUCCAAAGAAAAUCAUCAAGCUGUCGCAAAGAUUUGCGUUCCUUGGACCGAAGGUUUCGAGCGAUUUACGUACUUCACUGAUUCAAAGACAUCCCCGAUGUACCUGUAUGUGCCUACAUCCAAACCAAUGGGUUACAAUACCUCAAAAAUUCCCGUAAACGUCGAUUUGCAUCUCGAUCCUGCUUGUCGGUACAAAAUUUCCUACCGCAACUCCUUUUCUCAAACCCUCGGAAGGAUCGUUCAGCAAUUUUCGCAAUGGAUUCCCGCUCAUUUGGCGGCAAUUUUGUUCCUUGUGCUCAAACAUCAGAUUACAGUGACUCCCAAAGAUGCGAAUUUCAAGUGUGGCAACUUUUAUGCGGCAAUUAUCAAGUGUUCGCCCUUCUUUAUAAUCACGGCAUCGCGAGUUUUUGUGAAACUUGUGCUGUUUUUCAAGUUUUUGCCGCCUCCAGAUGCCUACGAGUACUCGUUGUUCGUCUCGAUUUUGAUUCAUGGCACGGCGAUGGCGGUUUUGUGUGUCGCCACGGGAAUUGCAUGGGCAGGAAUUUGCUUUUUUGGCAAUACGGCACAUAAGAUUUUGUUCAAGUUAAUUCACUUACCAAUUCCAACACUAUCAUCUACCGUGACAAACAUCAUUGAAAAAUUCCCGAUGUCUGUGGCUAUUUUCUUAAUUUCUCUCUCGAUGGCUUCAUGCGGCGCUGUAGGUUUACUUCUUGCAACUCUCGUGUAUUUUGUCAUCAUCACAAAAAUGUACGAAGAUUAUUUGGAAGAAUUUGUCUUUAAAACCGCCAAAUUGAUCGCUGAGAAGCUUUUUGGCAAAAGACGCCGUCCUGCACCCGAAAAUAGCGAAGAAAAUUCCGCCGCGCCUCAAGCUCAAGAAGGAUCCGACGAACCCAACAUUGAAACGCCUCUCGAUGCUCAAGUUGUCGCUCGACGCCCGAAUGGCGAAGUUGAAAACGAAGAAAAUGACGACGAAGAGGGCGAAACAGAAUCUGACAACGACGAAGCUCUCAACCGGAUGUUGCGGGAAAGUCUUGAUCGUUACAAAGAACAAGAAGAAAAAUCGCGCGCCGAAAAACUCGCAGAACGCAAAGAAUAUGACAGCAUCCUCGAUGGUUUGAGUGAAAUUAAUUUCCAUUUGUCGCUUUGUUUCUUGCUUCUCAUCACGACACUCCUAAAUCUACCCACAGUUAUUACAUGGGCGCGAAAUUACUCAUUUUCCCCCCUUUUGCAUCCCGAUCCGUCGAUCUACCCAGCUUGCGUAACGUUGGCGUCCCUUGCUGUGAUCUGGCAAAUGCCGACGCCACGCGAUCUCCGUUGGUACAAUUACGUCGCGAAUAUUUUCUACGUUCUUGCGGUUGUUUCUGUCAUUUAUUGUCAGGAAAGUGCGUGGCGUUUGAACUAUUUGAUCGCUUUUGCUUUUGCUGUGAUCGCGUUCCAUCAAGUUUUCGCGCCAAAAUUCAAACCAUCAACAAAAAUCGACUUUUUCAAAGAUCCAAGAUUUCAAAUACAAGAAAUUGAAAAAUUAUUGGACCAACCGGAGAAGAAAAAACGCAAGAAGAAGAAACCAAAGACGGAUGAAGAGCCUCAAGCGAGCACGAGCAAAACAAAUGACACAGAAAUUCUCGAAAAAAAUAACGAAAAUCCUGAGGAACAAAACUCUUAAAUUAAUUUUUUGAAUUUAAAAAAUUUUUUUGACGUGAUUUACUUACUUUGCAGCUAAUUUUACACACCGUAUUUAAGUCAAAAAAUUAGUUUGUAGUUAGAAUAAUUUUUAAAACGUGUUAAUUUAUCGAUUUUAGAAUUAAGUUUAAUGUUUUAUUUUUUAAAAAAAAAUAUCAA